AUUUAUUAGUGUAGUUUAACCCAUAUUGUAGUCGUAAAAACGCUUUGCGGUAGCAUAUCCGGGUUCCGGCCGAAAAUACUGACCUUGCCGGUUGGAAUAAUUUGUCGAAAAUGCUUUCGACGCUUGCUUCAAAGACAAGGCUUGCCAAGCCUUUGGCUCAACUCAGGCCAAUGAUGCUGGUUCGCUCUGGGGCCACCUUGCCAGUGAAGAAAGACGAGGGAGUCGUUGAGGUUUAUGAGAACGAGGAGGAUUUCCCGAAGUUCUUACAGCCGCAGCUUCCUCUGGCACAGAAGAUCAUGUACUGGAAGAAAGCCAAUGAGGUCUUCUUUGGACCAGAUCGCGAUGUUAAGAACUACCCCCACUUUCAGACCCGGGAGACCAUCCCCGAGACGUACCAGUUCUACCUGAUCCCCACAAGAUGGUUCAUGAACCUCUACCCAAGGCUUGGGGUCUCAGGCUGCUAUUCCUUUGUGCUGUUCUCGUUUUGGUUCCUCCUUGGCAAGGAGCUGGUCAGCGUACACGAGAUGCUUGAGCGGGGUGUUAUCCUCUUUGUUGCGGGUUUCCUCGUCUCUAAAGUGGGCAUCCGCUGGGGACGCAUGAUAGAUAAAGAAACAGAGAAUCUGCGCGUGCAGUGGUAUGAGAAUCCUCUCAACACUGCCUUGAGCACGUACAACUCUCAGGUAGCAGCCAUAACACAGAAGAUUGACACUCAGCAGGCUGUGCCCAUAAUUUACACUGCCAAACAGGAGACGCUGGAUCUGCAGCUGGAAGCCCAGUACAGGCAGCGGGUGAAGGACGUCUUCACGGCAGUUAAAAACAGACUGGACUACCAGGCAGCGCGCGAGGCAGCAGAGCGCAAGUUUGAGCAGCAGAUCAUGGUGAACUGGAUUGUGGAUGGCGUUAAGUCUGCCAUCACCCCCCAGCAGCAGAAAGAAACCCUGCAGUCCUGCAUCAAGACUCUGCAGGGACUUGCCAAGACUGCCAGCUUGUAAUUAUCUCGUUGACUGGAGAGUGUUAGUGCAUUGAAAUGUUGAGAUGACCUUUAAAUUUGUAAUACGACCAUCUGGAAGGAAUCUUUAAAUGUUGAGUUCACAGAAACCUUGUAAAGAAUAAACUUGUUGAGCUUUGUUACUUUUGAAUUUUGAGCUGACUUUCAAUCAAUAAUACCCCUAGUGUGAAGACUAUUGAUGUAUUUUGAAUUUUGAGCGAAUUAAAAACUUUGACUACUAUAAAAAAAGUGGAGAUGUAGGUUAGAUUAAGCCUUUAAGUUUUCUUCAUGCAGUAACACAAAGAUGGAAAGCAGUUUUUGUGUUGCUAUUAUAUACUACAAGAUCAAUUAUAACAGCUCUGUUGAAAUUGUGUGUAUUUUGAAGUUUUUUUGGUGUACAUUGUAAAUGAUGUAUUGGUUGAGAAUAAAAUAUUUAAAUAUA